AUGGAUUUCAAUUCCCGACCAGCAAAUAGGGUGCUAAAGGGGAAAGAUGGUGGGAACUGGAAGAGGGGUUUCGAUAUCUUUGUCGAUCCAAAUAAAGGCAAACCGAAACGGAGACUAGAGCAUGUUGAUGGUCAACACGUUAAAACUAGCAACAAUAUAUCAUUGAGCCGAUUACCAGUAGUUCCAGUUAAGGAGAGAAAAGUACUGACUGAAAAGACGAACAAUUUCUCCACACUACUCUCCCAAAGUCGUCACACGUCACAUAAGAGCUCCAAGAUGAAUGAGAUAUCUAUCUUGAAACCAGUGCAGUUUACUUCAAUUUCCAAGAAACAAGUCGAAAUAGCAAAACCAUUAAAAUCUAUAAAUAAUAUAAUGGACAAUGUAACAAUACGGCAAUCUGAUACGUUGAAUGUAGAACCUCCCAGAUCCAAACGACCUUAUUUGAAUUAUCCCCUGCCAAAGAAACUAUCAAGGACGUCAACUUCAGAUGUUUCAUCACGAGACAACUCCAAUAAUGAACCUAAGAUAUUUGUAACAUCUCUACAAAAGUAUUUAUGUGACUUGGAUACCAUGAUGAAGACAUCCAAAAAGUUUAGUUAUGAUUCAGUAUGGACCAUAAAUUCUAUUACAAAAUUAUCAGAUUUUGAAUUGCAAGUGACUACCCAGAUGUCACCACAAUUGAUUAUCCUACAUAAUAAAACAUCCAUUAAUAAUAUUCCCAUACUAAAAUUUAUUCAUGACGUUUCCAUCAAUACCAAAAUUCAAGUCACGGAGUCACUCAAGUUGGCAAUUAAUUCAAAAUCUUUCAUCAAAGUAUCAGAUGAUAUUAAUUGGUAUAUUGAUUGGAAGUUUAUACCAUCACAAUAG